AUGGCCAUCUCUUUAAUUCGUUUCGACGACAAGCAUAUUUCUGUCUCCCAAGCAGCAAUGGAGGAUGAUCGUGUUUUGGAAGGGUUCAUACAUAAUAUGGGAAAGCCUCCCAUCCCUCAAAUUCGUAGCUACUUGCAAAAGGCUGGAUUCUUGCAUACAUCUCACAUGGUCAGGGGCUGCAAACUCGAUCCUACACUAAUCAGCGCGCUGGUGGAAAGAUGGAGGCUCGAAACACACACUUUCCACCUUCUAUACGGCAAGUGUACAAUCACACUCGAGGACGUAGCGUUACAACUCAGUCUACCAGUGGAUGGGCCAGUUCUCACAGGAUCCGUGGUCGUUCUCAGUAAAGUGGACCUCUAUAAAGUAAUGUUGGGGAAGGUCCCGAACAGGUUUGACAGUGGUCGAAUAUCGAUUAACUGGUUAGAGGAUAAUUUCGAAAAGCUUCUUUAA